CUACAACGUUUUGAUGCAGGCCUUCUGAAAGGCUCUUAUCAUUUAGUUGACGGACAAAAGGACAAACGGAACGCUGAGCUUUUAUAAUCGAUGUGGUCGUAGGUUCAUGAUCAAUGGAUGCGUCACCAAUCUCUUUUGACAGCUUUGAGCCAGUGGCUGUCAAUUCCACAUUUCCACGGCGGGAGACGUCGUUAACCUCUCACGAAAAAAAACAUAACAAGUAGGCUUUUGCGACCAUCGAUUAUGAUUCAUAAUUACUACUCGUAAUUGAUGGCGUGAGUAAAAUGCCAUUGUGCGUCGUACACCCAGCCUCCACUCGAGCGCAUCGACGCGAACGGAGUCGCGCCACGUGAACAAACGUGCCGAUGUGCUUUGUUCACGUGACAAAUUCACGCGCUUGACCGUGUCGGGUGGAGAAGGGUGCACGACGCAAGUUGGCGUUCUACUCGCGUGGCCGGGACCUCUCGCCAAGUUGGGCCCAUCUCAUUGCGUCGACCCUCUAAAGUCCUCUGCGUUGCGUUGCACAUUUUUUUUGCCUUUCUCGUCUCGGUGACUUAGCCUGCGCGCGCGCGAACGUUCCGGUUGGAUUCCAGUGCGAAACGUAAAGAUCACUCCCCCACCACCACCACCAACCACCAACCACCACCACCAACCACUCCCUCUACCUCCACCACCAACUUCCCUCUCUCCACUCCCCCAUAACCGCGCGCGAGUGCAGAGAGCGCCACCUCUCCUACAGCUCCUAGAGUGACCCGUCAGGGCCGGCCAGACGGGGUUGUAUUACCAGUACGGUUCACGUGGUCUAAAAAGGCAAGUGUCUUGCUCGUCCGGACCAAGGAGGAGGAUUUACCUCCCCCUGCACCUCCCCCAACCGCAAAGAAAAAAAGAAAGGAGAGCUAGAGACGGAUCAGUGUGGUUGUCUUGAUUCGUGUGCUGCGGGAUCGCCCUACUCUGAGCUCACCGCAUAACGCUCUCGUUCUCCGCAGCGACACUAAUGAUUCGUUCAGAUUAUUUGGUCUCGAGGUUUUACACACGUACAUACAUAUCGAUCCCUGCUUCAAUCUGGACGUGACAUUUGCGGCUCUCAAUCUUUGACCUCAACACCAGCUUCAACCUUGAAACCUCUGCUAUUACCUGCACGUUAAUGUCAGGAGAAAGACCAAGGCUGAUUUUAAUGAUAAUAAAAUGAAAAUGUCAGAAAUGACCGGCGCUUCCUCGAGUCAUCCGAGAAAUCACGCGCAGUGGGACAUCAAUGACUCCAAACUGCCCCAGGUGGAGGUGCUCGACUCAUUCCAGGAGUGGCCUGACGGAUACGCCCGCCUCGUGUACAACGCGACGGAGCGCAGCGCCCAGAAGCACCAGAGCGGUUGGGCCAUGCGCAACACCAACAACCACAACUGCGCCAUCCUCAAGAAGUCGUGCCUCGGGGUGGUGCUGUGCGGCCGCUCCUGCACUUUGCCCGACGGCCGCAAGCUCUACCAGCGGCCGGCCAUCUGCGAGAAGGCGCGCCAGAAGCAGCAAGGCAAGGCGUGCCCCAACUGCGGAGCGGGACUGGAGUUGGUCGCGUGCCGGGGUCACAGUGGGUACCCGGUGACCAACUUCUGGCGACAGGAGGGCCAGAUGAUCUUCUUCCAGGCCAAGGGCUUGCACGACCACGCGCGGCCCGAGAGCAAGAGCGAGGCGGACUCUCGUCGCAGCACGGCCAAGAGGCAGGGUCAGCACGUGGAGGGGGGCCUCGUGCGCAAGAAACGCACGGCGGAGGACGACAAGGACUCCCUCGCGAGCUUGGGCUCCACCUGCGCCCCGGAGCUCCCCUUCAAGCUGGAGCCGCACGCCUCCCAGCUCGAGCGCAAGGACGAGCGAGCCCACGAGCUGCCCGCGAGCGCCGCGCUGGGGGCCGUCUACAGCCUCCCGGGCCUCCCCAUCUACCGGCAACCCUCCUCCUACCCGGGCCCGAUGCGGACCCCUCCCGGCGGCGACUACUCCCUGCACGACAAGGGCUGCGCGCUGCCCUACAACCCGGCCGAACACGGCAGGGGCGCUGGGAAGGAACGCGCGGGAUUCCCAUACCUUGACCACGGGGCUCACCACGGCUCCCAGGACGAGGCGGGGGCCGGAGAGAAUUCGGGACACGCGGCCACCCUGGGUAGCGGCGGCGGCGGCGGCGUCGUCCCGUGCCGGAUCGUCGGCUCCGCGGGGGCUCCCGGCUCGCCGGCGUCCGUGCAGGCCGUGAUCACGACGACCACCAAGGUGGCGUACCACGCGCACCUGCCCUACGGGGACGGCGUGUUCAACGUGCAGCACCCGUGCGCCGACUACUACCCCAAGGUGUACCCAGAGUUCAUGUUCUCCAAGGAGCAACCGGCUCCCUUCCUGCACGGAUACCCGGCACCCUACGCGGCUGCGGCGGCGGUGCCUGGCGGCGUCGCUACAACCGGGCAGGGCCGGUGCGAGGCUCAGUACGGGAAGGAGCCGUCUCCCUACAAGCCCGUGGAGCCGUUCACGCACUCGCACUCGGCCAGCGAGUACCUCUACCCCAACGGGCACUUCUGCCACUUCUGAGCUGCGCGUCCGUCCGCCCGGUCCAAUUUGCUCCUCGUUGCCAUCACGGGAAUUUACGCUGCGAGGUUUGAGACGCGGUUAGGCGUAGAGACGAGAUUAGCAGAACGUACGACAGUUUAUUGAAGGCGUAAUUUUGGACUGUUUAGAGAGAGAUGAAACAAAUGUCGUGGGUUUUUUGGGAAGGGCACGCCACUGUUAGGGCGGCUGAUGGCCGUGUGGGCGAAAAUAAAAAGGGAAGUGGCAGCCAAGGAUUGGAACGGAACGCGUCGGAAAGGACGACCAAGGGGAGAAGAUGGAGCGAUGGAAUGAGCUCGUGUGCGGGGUCGAUCGUAGUUGCAUCGUGGGUAUUGCUGAGGAUGGCGUCGGGCUUGGAGAGGUCUUCGUCCAGCAGUGGAUUGAGCACGGCUGAUUAUGACGUCGUCGUCGACGACGAUGAUGAUGAUGACGACGAUGAAAGCGGUGGCGCAGGUGUAGGAGGGGAACGAGUGAACGCGUGGAUUCCACUGAACGUCUUUUGGACUGCUUCGCGCGUCAUCAAGAAUAAACUCUUGACCGGAUAUCAAAGGGCUUAACAUCUUUUCAGCGAAAUGUUGCCAUUCUCCCGUACGAAUUCAUCAUCAAGAUCAUCAUCACGACGGAGAAUUCCUUAUGCAAAUCACGUAAAGUCUGCCUCUGAUUGACUUUCUUUUUUUUUAAUUAGUAAUAUAUCGUGUGAGAACUGGCGCCGCCGCUGUCUUUAUUGGACGAGAAUAAGCCCUGCUUCGGCAUUGUCGUCGACACUUUGAUAGUUUUUUCUUUGAUUUACUUAGAUUUUUUUUUAUAACGAGACCUUCUACGUGUACGAUGUGUUUCUGUAGCAUUCCAUUGGAUGAGAAGGAACAGUGGAGUGCCUUUCUUUACAAGGUAUACUCUUUUCAGAAUCAGAAUCUUUAUUUAUGCCGGAGAAACCCCUGAUGUCCGGUAGGGGCGGGUCAAAAAGUUACAAAAACAAAUUAAAAAAACGAUAGAACUCAAAGUAUAGGAAAGGUGAGCAAAUCAUGAAAACAUAGAUAAACUGAACCUUUUUUUUUUACCAGGUAAAGACCACUGAGCUAUUCGUCAUUUUUCAGAAGCGACCUGGCCGCAAAUGAAAGCUCAGCGAAGUGGCUUAUCGCGUGAAAAUGUACAGCAGCCAAAUGCUCUAAACGCGUGUUUGUGUGAUCGAAUCGCCCGGAAUGCCACCCCCAUUUCUCUGCCCAGCCAAGCGGUGCUUGGUACCAGUCAUCCGGAUAGCGCUUAGGAUGCGCAACGCUUUCCUUGCACAGCGAAGGCGUGUGACAUGCGGCUGCUGGGUCACGUGGCGAAUCAGCUACGGGUAUCACAGCAGAGUCAGUUGUUGUACUGCAGUUCUAUGCUUCCACGUCUAUGCCUUCCCCACCUCGGCCCCCCGCCAACCUCCCACCCGCCCUUUGGUGUGGGGUCAAAUAACCCCAACGACCCCCAUGGGCGUUUAGAGGCCCUCGUCCGGCAGUGGAUUGACGAAAGGGGGCUCCCUAUGUUUUGUAUUUAUUUCAGGUCACAAACGAAAAUGCAAGCGCACUGAUUAAUUUGCCUCUCUCCUUUUGUUCUUCGCCUUUCGUAUAAAUGUAUUACUGCUGGCCAUGCUGACAAAAGGCACCGCAGCGUUGAUUAUCGAUUAUGGAAGUACGCGAUUAGGGUUAUGAACUCUGAACGCAUGUACAAAUUGAUUAAAAUCAUUGACAGGGUUGUCGCUGUACAGGUACUUGAAUAAAUAUAGCCAAUAUAGACGUGAAGGUUUUUUUUUACAAUUUGGACGCAAAAGUAACACGUAGCACUAUUUGUAAACAAAAAUACAACUUAGCAUCGAUAUAUCUACAGAAAAACAGUCAAAUGAUUGUAAAUGUACACGAAAUAUCUCAUCUUUAGAUAAACGAUUGUCCCUUUAAAUGAUUGCUGGCGAUGUCCCCACGUGCGCUAUACGUUUAAUAGCCAUAAAACUAUAAACUGCCGCAGGGCAAAACGUGGCGUACGAUUGUGAAAUGUGUGAUUAGUUAGUACGAAACUCGGCAGAGCUCCAGCCUGUACGUAUCUGGACGAAUCCGGCUGUCCGAGUUAGAUUCCCGCUCACGGCCACCAACACCAGUGAU